AUGCAUUCUGAAAGAGGUUGGAUGUAUGCAAGACUAAAAGAUGGUCUACUAAAUCCUUUAUUCCUUGAAGGAUUAAAUGAAUUCAUAUCAGCUGCCAAACAGUUUCCAGACUGUUUGAAUGGAGAACUAAUUAGGUGUCCAUGUAAUCGAUUUAAGUGCCAAAAUCGCAGUUUUGAAGAUGAGAAUACAGUUAGGUUUCAUCUGAUGAAAUAUGAGUUUGUUAGAGACUAUUAUGUAUGGUAUUUGCAUGGGGAAAUUCAAAACUACAAUGCGGUCCAUAGAAGAAAUAAUGAUUCGACUGACAACACUUGCAAUGUGGAAUAUCAACAUGGUGAGUUCUCUAAUGCUUAUGAGCAACUAGUUGCAGAUGCAGCAGGGCCUAGUUUCUCCCCAUCAAUAAGUUGUGAAAAUCAUUCACAGCUGUCAGCUGUGGCAAGGAUAUUGAAUAUCAAAUCUGAACAUCAUUUGUCCGAACGUUGUUUUGAUAAUAUUUGCCAAUUAAUCAAAGAAAUUUUACCUACUGAUAAUUUGUUUACUGAUAAUUUCUACUCUACAAAGAAAUUGCUUGAAGGCUUGGGAUUACCAAUUCAGAAGAUUUAUAGUUGCUUAAAUAGUUGUAUGAUUUAUUGGGGUGAGGAUAAUGAAUUGCUCAGGUGCAAGGAGUGUGAUCAUCCGAGGUACAAACGAUUGCAAGAUAGCCAAAGCUCUAGUAAAACCCAAGUUGCUUAUAGUAAAAUGUAUUACAUGCCAAUCAUACCUAGACUACAAAGGUUGUACGCAUCUAAUGCUACAGCUAAGGAUAUGACUUGGCAUGCCAAUCAUGGGACUAAUGAUGAUUUAAUGCAUCAUCCAGCUGAUUCGCAUGCAUGGAAAGCUUUUGAUAAUAAUUGGCCUCAUUUCAGUGCUGAGAAACGUAAUGUCCGUUUGGGAGUGUGUACCGAUGGUUUUCAACCCUUUGGACAAUCUGGACAGCAAUAUUCAUCAUGGCCUGUCAUAUUGACACCGUACAAUUUACCCCCUGGGCCUAGAAAUCCAAAAGAUAAGUUGGAUGUGUAUUUGCAACCCCUAAUAACUGAGUUGAAAGAUUUAUGGGAGAAUGGAGUUGAAACAUAUGAUGCAUUCAAUAAAGAAAAUUUCAACUUGCGAGCUGCUUUAAUAUGGACUAUAAGUGAUUUUCCUGCUUAUGCAAUGGUAUCUGGAUGGAGCACUACAGGACGGACUGCUUGUCCUUAUUGCAUGGAAGAUAGUGAUGCAUUCACAUUGACAAGAGGAGGUAAGCAGUCAUGGUUUGAUAAUCAUCACAAAUUUUUACCUCCUAGCCAUUCUUUUAGAAGAAACAAAACAGCUUUUAGGAAGAAUGUAUCUGUUACUAAGAAAGCUAAACCACCUAUUUCCAGUGAAGAAAUACUGAAAUAG